CCCAUACCGGAAAUAGAGUAAACAAUAAACAAUUCAGCCAUUUAUCGCUUAGUUCAGUACGAUCUCUUCUCGAUCGUUUACAGACCUUCUCCGUUCGUGCCAAGUUUCACUACCUGAAGUGUCAACAUGUCUACUGAAAAGUCUUUCGCCAAAGGAAGUGCCGCACCUGGUCCAGUCCCCAACGGCCAAAUCAGACUUUACAGCAUGAGAUUCUGCCCCUUUGCCCAUAGGACCAGAUUAGUGCUGACUGCCAAAGGGAUCAAGCAUGACACCAUCAACAUCAACCUGAAAGACAAACCUGACUGGUACCUUGAGAGGAAUCCUCUUGGGCUUGUUCCAACACUGGAGAACCCUGCUGGUGAGGUGAUCUAUGAUUCUCCCAUCACCUGUGACUACCUGGAGGAAGUUUACACCGAGAAGAAGCUGCUUCCUUCCUCUCCUUUUGGUAAAGCUCAACAGAAGAUGAUGCUGGAGCAUUUUUCCAAGGUAAUACCUUACUUCUACAAGAUCCCAAUGGGGAGAAAGAAGGGCGAGGAUGUCUCAGCACUGGAAGGUGAACUUAAAGAGAAGUUUGGCAAAUUAAAUGAGGACCUAGUUAACAAGAAGACCAAGUUCUUUGGCGGUGAUUCCAUCACAAUGAUCGACUACAUGAAGUGGCCGUGGUUUGAGAGGCUGGAGAUCUUUGAACUCAAACACUGCCUUGACGGCACACCUGAGCUGAAGAAGUGGACAGAGCGCAUGUCGGAGGACAUGGCUGUCAAAGCUACCAUGCACAGUGUGGACACCCACAAGGCCUUCUACAAGACGUACGCCGAGGGGAAACCCAACUAUGACUACGGCCUGUAGAACAGAAGUGAUCAAACUCUUUAAGCGUUUGUUAUGCAUAUCCAUUUUUAUUUUUUUUGUCAUAUCUGUUUUUCUAACUUUGGAAUAGGAAAAUAUAUUGUAGCAAAUAACAUGAUUAGUUAACAUUGACAGGGAUACAGUGAAUGUUUUUAUUGGAAAUGUAAGACUUCUUUAGUUAUUAAAGGAAAAUAAUAUGAAUAUGAGGUUCAAUAAGGUAAAUAAGACUCACGGUUUCUUCAAUGGGGCAGCACUUUUUCUAAUAAAAAUUGGAGAUGUAAUGACUCUGGCCUGAA